AUGCUCUCUUUCUUACCUUCCUUUUCCUCCUUUGUUACCUCUUUAAUGCUCUCUUUCUUACCCUCCUUCUUACCCUCUUUUUACCUCCCUUCUUACACUCUUCAUUGCUCUCUUUCUUACCUUCCUUUUCCCUCCCUUCUUACACUCUUUAUUGCUCUCAUUUUUAACCUCCUUCUUACCCUCUUUUUACCUCCCUUCUUACCUCUUCAUUGCUCUCUUUCUUACCUUCCUUUUCCCUCCUUCUUACACUCUUUAUUGCUCUCAUUUUUAACCUCCUUCUUACCCUCUUUUUACCUCCCUUCUUACACUCUUCAUUGCUCUCUUUCUUACCUUCCUUUUCCCUCCCUUCUUACACUCUUUAUUGCUCUCUUUUCUUACCCUCCUUCUUACCCUCUUUUUUCCUCCCUUCUUACACUCUUCAAUGCUCUCUUUCUUACCUUCCUAUUCCUCCUUCUUACCUCUUCAUUGCUCUCUUUCUUACCCUCCUUCUUACCCUCUUUUUACAUCCUUCUUACACUCUUCAUUGCUCUCUUUCUUACCUUCCUUUUCCCUCCUUCUUACACUCUUUAUUGCUCUCUUUCUUACCUCCUCCUUACCCUCUUUUACCUCCCUUCUUACACUCAUCAAUGCUCUCUUUCUUACCUUCCUUUUACCUUCCUUCCUCUUUUACCUCCUUCUUACACUCUUCAAUGCUCUCUUUCUUACCCUCCUUUUCCCUCCUUGUUACACUUUUCAUUGCUCUCUUUCUUACCUUCCAAUUCCCUCCUUCUUACACUCUUUGUUGCUCUCUUUCUUACCCUCCUCCUUACCCUCUUUUACCUCCCUUCUUACAUUCAUCAAUGCUCUCUUUCUUACCUUCCUUUUACCUCCUUGUUACACUCUUUAUUGCUCUCUUUCUUAUCCUCCUCCUUAGCCUCUUUUUUACCUCCUUCUUACACUCUUCAAUGCUCUCUUUCUUACCUUCCUUUUCCCUCCUUGUUACACUCUUUAAUGCUCUCUUUCUUACCCUCCUUCUUACCCUCUUUUUUACCUCCCUUCUUACACUCUUCAUUUGCUCUCUUUCUUACCUUCCUUUUCCUCCCUUCUUACACUCUUUAUUGCUCUCUUUCUUACCCUCCUUCUUACCCUCUUUUACCUCCUUCUUACACUCUUCAUUGCUCUCUUUCUUACCUUCCUUUUCCCUCCUUAUUACACUCUUUAUUGCUCUCUUUCUUACCCUCCUUCUUACCCUCUUUUUCCCUCCUUUCUUACACUCUUCAAUGCUCUCUUUCUUACCUUCCUAUUCCCUCCCUUCUUACACUCUUCAUUGCUCUCUUUCUUACCCUCCUUCUUACCCUCUUUUUACCUCCCUUCUUACACUCUUCAUUGCUCUCUUUCUUACCUUCCUUUUCCCUCCCUUCUUACACUCUUUAUUGCUCUCUUUCUUACCCUCCUCCUUACCCUCUUUUUACCUCCCUUCUUACACUCUUCAAUGCUCUCUUUCUUACCUUCCUUUUACCUCCCUUGUUACACUCUUUAAUGGUCUCUUUCUUACCCUCCUUCUUACCCUCUUUUUACCUCCCUUCUUACACUCUUCAAUGCUCUCUUUCUUACCUUCCUUUUACCUCCCUUGUUACACUCUUUAAUGCUCUCUUUCUUACCCUCCUCCUUACCCUCUUUUUACCUCCCUUCUUACACUCAUCAAUGCUCUCUUUCUUACCUUCCUUUUACUUCCCUUCCUCUUUUUACCUCCCUUCUUACACUCUUCAAUGCUCUCUUUCUUACCUUCCUUUUCCCUCCCUUCUUACACUCUUCAUUGCUCUCUUUCUUACGUUCCUUUUCCCUCCCUUCUUACACUCUUUAUUUCUCUCUUUCUUACCCUCCUCCUUACCCUCUUUUUACCUCCCUUCUUACACUCAUCAAUGCUCUCAUUCUUACCUUCCUUUUACCUCCCUUCCUCUUUUUACCUCCCUUCUUACACUCUUCAAUGCUCUCUUUCUUACCUUCCUUUUCCCUCCCUUGUUACACUCUUUAAUGCUCUCUUUCUUACCCUCCUUCUUACCCUCUUUUUACCUCCCUUCUUACACUCUUCAUUGCUCUCUUUCUUACCUUCCUUUUCCCUCCCUUCUUACACUCUUCAUUGCUCUCUUUCUUACCUUCCUUUUCCCUCCUUCUUACACUCUUUAUUUCUCUUUUUACCCUCCUCCUUACCCUCUUUUUUCCCUCCCUUCUUACACUUUUCAAUGCUCUCUUUUCUUACCUUCUUUUACCUCCUUGUUACACUCUUUAUUGCUCUCUUUUCUUAUCCUCCUCCUUAGCCUCUUUUUACCUCCUUCUUACACUCUUCAAUGCUCUCUUUCUUACCUUCCUUUUCCCUCCCUUCUUACACUCUUUAUUGCUCUCUUUCUUACCCUCCAUCUUACCCUCUUUUUACCUCCUUCUUACUCUUCAUUGCUCUCUUUCUUACCUUCCUUUUCCCUCCUUCCUUACCUCUGUAUUGCUCUCUUUCUUACCUUCCUUUUCACUCCCUUCUUACACUCUUUAUUGCUCUCUUUCUUACCCUCCUCUUUACCCUCUUUUUACCUCCCUUCUUACACUCUUCAUUGCUCUCUUUCUUACCUUCCUUUUCCCUCCCUUCUUACACUCUUCAUUGCUCUCUUUCUUACCUUCCUUUUCCCUCCCUUCUUACACUUUUUAUUGCUCUCUUUCUUACCCUCCUCCUUACCCUCUUUUUACCUCCCUUCUUACACUCAUCAAUGCUCUCUUUCUUACCUUCCUUUUACCUCCCUUGUUACACUCUUUAUUGCUCUCUUUCUUAUCCUCCUCCUUAGCCUCUUUUACCUCCUUCUUACACUCAUCAAUGCUCUCUUUUCUUACCUUCCUUUUACCUCCCUUCUUACACUUUUUAUUGCUCUCUUUCUUACCCUCCUCCUUACCCUCUUUUUACCUCCCUUCUUACACUCAUCAAUGCUCUCUUUCUUACCUUCCUUUUACCUCCCUUGUUACACUCUUUAUUGCUCUCUUUCUUAUCCUCCUCCUUAG